AGCCACCACGCAACCACGGCCACGGUCAUUACUUAUCAUCUUUUUAGUAUCUACCUACCUAGUUCUAUUUCCAGUGCUGGAUGACUAUAGUGUAAAGGCGACGCUAUCUUAUCGCUGUUUAAAAGCAUUUGAUUGCAUAACCAUAUUCACGAAUUAGGCGAUGUGAGUUAUGCGCAUUCUACUCAGGCCAUUUAUUGCGUCCAGACAAAUAUUGCGGCAGCGACUAAAUAAUAAGGUGAUACCAAUAAAGCUAAGACAUCCUUUUACAACAGCUUUAGUGUGGAGAGCAAUGGAAGAUAAAGAAGCCUUGAAAAAGCGUUUAACACCACUGCAAUACCAUGUCACUCAAGAGGCUGGAACCGAACGACCAUAUACAGGGUGCUACAAUAAAUUUUACGAAGAAGGACUGUAUGUGUGUAUAGUCUGCCGACAGGACUUGUUUAGUUCAAAAACCAAGUUUGACUCUGGUUGUGGCUGGCCGGCGUUUAAUGAUUGCCUAGCUAAAGAUAAAGUCACAUUGCACCAGGAUACAAGUGCAGUUGGAGCGAAUAUAUUAUUAGUUUUAACACGGCCAGGUUUGGUGCGAACCGAGGUGCGGUGCUCCAAGUGCUCCGCUCACCUGGGCCACGUGUUCGAUGACGGGCCGGCGCCCACCAAGAAACGGUUUUGUAUUAAUUCUGCCUCGAUGGACUUCAUACCAGCCGAAGAAAGGAAGGAUUAGCAUGCCUUCAAUACCGAUACUAUAAAAUAUGUGUACCAAAACAAAUAAGACAAGUUAACAAUUAUUUUAUACAAAAUCCUGUUCCACGCAACGUGUAACUCAAACUUGAGACACUCCAAAUAAUUUAGUUAAAACGAAUCAAUUUAAGUUAUAAAAUCAUUUGAUUGUCUUGUUACAAUUUUAUAACUUUCCGAUUUAUUAUGCAAAGAGCGCAAAGUUGUAGAUGUUUACGGAUAAGUUACAUAACAGUGAAAGAACUAAAAUGAUUCGCAAGUGGUGCUAAAAUAUAACCUUUACCGAGGCCUUUGAGGAUCGAUAUGAUAAACAACUUUGCUCUCUAGCGAAAUACAACCUUUUUCAACUCACCAGUUAAAUAAGUUUGUUUGUUUCACGGGUGUAUUACAAAAAUGUAGCUAGUUUAGCGUGGUUUUAACCUUUUGGCCGCCGGACCUAGUCCGCAAAGACGCUCACUCACACGCCAGAGCAAAUUUUAAGUAAACAACUAAUAAAAAGUUUAGGGAUUGCAAAUAGUGAUAUCGAUAUUUACAAUAUUAUGGUAAAAAUCUUUUUAAUUUAGCUUUGUUCUUAUCCUGUUUUAAUUUCAUUCCAAAUUGCCAAAAUUAAACAUAUGUUUUACACCCGAAAAUGUUUAAAAUAUAGGGAUUUAACAUAAAAAACAACCACUAAACAAUGUCGAUUCAAGACGUGAUAUCGCCGCACUAGGCUGUACGAGAAGUCUUUUAUACAAGACAACGGCGCCCAUGGACUGCCCGCAAUGCAGACCGACAAGGACUGUUUCCGCGCGGAUCAAGUAAUAAUAGUCUCUAGGUCAACGGCGUAAGCGCUUGUCGGUACGUAAACUUUAUUGGCGUAACGUUAAAGCUGCGCAUCAUGUGUCGAUAAAGUCAAUAUACCGGAACUGUUUUAGUGAAAAUUACACGUGGGUUGAAUUUUUAAUGAGUGAAGAUAUUAUUCCGGAAUUAGAAUCUAUCAUUAUAAUUUCAGUUUGGUUUACAUUAAUCUAUAGGUAAACUCUUAUCAAAAAAACGUUCAACGACUUGUUACAAAAAAAUUACACAUUAACUUCAAUGUUAUAACAAUAAAAGUAAAGUCUGAUAAACAGGUAUGUCCCUGUACCACACUUGUGUGAAGCGGUCGCUGCGGUGUAUCCCUUCCCACUAAGCUAUAAAAUAACAUCAAUUUUUUUUUUUAAUUUAUCUCUUCUGCAAUUAAAUAGUCCACAAUCUACAAUGGCAAAUUUACUUGUCUGACUCUACUUUAUAGAGCUAAAGAAGCUACCUGAACUUUAAAUAUAGUUAUGCCUAUCUGACUCUCGUUCUACGUAUUCUAGUAAGUAGUUACCUACUAUUCGUUGAAAAAAAUUGGCGAUUAACAAGUGUUCAAAUACUUAGAUAAAAACAUAUUUCUGACUUUAUAUUUACUUUAAAAAUUACCAUAUCGAGUUAACAUUCCCAUCCCUAGCUGUCUUUUAUACAAGACAACGGCGACGAGGAACAUGAAAAAUGUUGAAAAUUGGAGCAAUUUUUUUAAAUGCCUUAUUAUAAAAGAAGGGAUUUAUAUAGCGGCUUAAAAAGCAAAUAAAUGAAAAAACAAAGACCUUAAAUAUGAACACGAGUGUAAAUGAAAUUGCAAUUGUUAUUAUUUUCACAUUAACUCAGUGGUUGAAUUUGUGUCUUGUAUACAAGACGACGGCGCCAGCGUAUCGUUCUAUCGUUGUCUUCUAUACCGGACAACGGCGGUCAAAGGGUUAAGGGCCGAAACAGGUUCCGAAACUUAACCAUGUACCUAAGUCGUAAUGUGUUGUAUUUGUUGUACUUAAUUCAUACACUUGUAGGAGUUGUAGGUAAGUUUACGGCAUAAGUACGCCAACACACUCCCAUACAUAUCUAUUUAUAAGUACGAGUAACUUAAAUAGAAACUGAAACUGACUCAAUUAACUUAAAACUAAUUACAGGUCCUUAGCUACCUACAACGUAAUGUAUUGUACAACUUGUUUGCAAUUCAUGCAAGUAUGAUAUUACGUUAAGAUAGAGCUUUUUUACCCUUCUACAGAAUAAAAGCCAUUUCCAAAACAUAAAGAGCGUAUUCUAACUUCAAAUUCCUAGAUUCCAAAUUUCGAUCGCUCGUAUUUCAAAAAUUAGCAUUUCGCUGUUUUCCACCGAUUUUCGAGUGACGAAAUCGAGCGAUCGAAAUUAAAAAAUCGGCCCCCUGCUCGGAAAGGCUUACUUUGCACUUCAAAAACUGAUAGCAGAGCGUUUUCCAAAAAAAGUGUACAUUUCAUUCAUGUCUUCUAAAUAUUUACUUCUUGGGCUCAUUUUACUCAGAAUAAUGUACAUUCACGCCUCAUACAUGAAAAAUGUGUCCAAAAAUUUCCUUUCCACAUCGUCACAUUCUUGUAUGAAAAUCUUUUUUAUUUGUAUGAACGUGACGCACUGGAUAAAAAAAAUUCCAUACAAAAUUUUGGGACGCAUAUUUUUAUGUAUGCGGCGUGAAUGUACAAAUGAUUCUGAGUAAAAUGAGCCCAAGAAGUCAAUUUUUAGAAGACAUGAAUGAAAUGUACACCUUUUUUGGAAAACGCUCGGCAACGUUGCAUUUUAUUCACAUGUAAGGCAAAGUAAUCAAAUGCAAAUUUUGAGUUGUUUUCUUCUGUUUGCUGGUUGAAUUGACUUUUAAAUGAUGAUUUUGGAUGAUUAAUAUGUAAACAUUCAUUUGGAUAUGAUUUGGUUUUCGGCUUGGUGUGGUGAAAAUUUUAGUGUUUCACUCUGGGGCAAAUUUUGUGUAAUCCUCGUGGUUUAAAAUCCUCGCAACGCUCAAGAUUCCAUUUAUCGAAUCUUUCACUUGUUCGGAUAUAAAUAUUAGCACGAGCGGUUAAACAACAACUUUGCAACUUGUAAAACAAAUAACUAUUAUUGUAAGUAUACAUAUUGCGCCACAAUACUUAAAAUAUAUAUAUAAUACAAAAUGGUCUUAGUCGCGAUCUUGGAUGAAACUUUAAAAUCUUGUUAAGUCAGCAGCAGCAGCAGAAAGUAGCGAAGAUGAGGUAGUCAAAAUAUGUAUAUCCGCAAGGUUCUUAGUCCGUGUAACAAUAAGUACUUUUGCUCAUUUGAAUACCUUGCUAUUGCUAACUCUGCUGCAGGCGUGCGUUGCGUUGCGAACGACCGACGGCGACGGCCUACUAAGUCCCGUAACCUCUUCCGGAUACAAAAAUACUUUCAUAAUUUUUUAACAUACGUAUGUUGGUAUUAUCCUUUAGUUACAAUUUCCUAAGGCUACAACACCUCAAUUCAGUCAGAUAUUUUUAGUGUAAUAAAGUAAUAAGUCAUUAUAAAGUUACCACAAAUAUUAAGUCAUUGUUUUUACUAUUUUAUCUAUUUCAUGUGUGUUUGAUUAAUUUUAAGAGCGAUUUUAACAAUAAUAACUAUUUAGUGUUACCUAUUUAUUUAAUUCGACCGAGAUGUAUACUUUUUGUCUGAUACAUAUUGUCAAAAUAACUGAAAUAAAAUAUUUUUAUGUA